AUGACUACAAAAACUCUUGUCAAUGCUUCAUGCGAACGUUCAUACAAGGAUAAAAAGGCACAAAAGGCUUGUUUAUUAUUUGAGAAAAUAACAGCAGAUACACAGCAAUUGGUAGUUAAGCAACCACAAUCUAGGUCUGUUUUUGAGAUGUCUAAUGGUUCACCAUAUGUGUUGGCACAAAUUGAAAAAAUGGAGAAAAAGCUUGCAAGAUUUGAUGCAAAAUUUGACAUGUUAUUACAAAGAAUUCCAGGUUCACAAGUUGCUGUACAACAGCCUUUACAAGCUGCCUGCAGUAUUUGCAGCAUAACAACCCAUGAUUUUUUUAGUUGUCCACAUAAAGAUGCUUAUCCGGAGUUUACAGCAGAGCAAGUUAAUCAACAAGACAGAUCCAAAAAUACUGCAGAAGCUACUGCAAAAAAUGCAGAACGUGUUUAUGUGCCUCCAAUGCCUUAUCUAAAAAGGUUGAAGCCUAAAGCUAAAGAUCAACAAUUGAUAGAUUUUAUGAAGACUUUGGCUAAAGUUCAAAUUAAUCUUCCAUUAAUUGAUGCAAUCGAGAACAUUCCAUCUUACGCCAAGUUUUUGAAAGACGUUUGUACAAAGAAAGAGAAGCUUGUGGAUUUUGAAAAAGUGAUUCUAACAGAACAGUGCAGUGCGAUCUUAUUGCAUAAAUUGCCUCCAAAGAAGAAAGAUCCAGGGAGUUUUACUAUCUCUUGCACCAUUGGAAAUUGUGAUUUUAGUAGUGCUUUAAUUGACUUAGGUGCUAGUGUAAACUUAAUGCCUUAUUCUGUUUUUAAACGUUUAGGUGAAGGAGAGCUGAAGCCAACCUCCAGCAUUAUUCAAUUGGCUGACCGUUCAAUUACCUAUCCUAGAGGAGUCAUUGAAGAUGUUAUUGUUAAGGUUGACAAUCUAUAUUUACCAGUUGAUUUUAUGGUGUUGGACAUGGAUGAGGAUUUGACAACACCCAUCAUUUUGGGCCGCCCAUUCCUAGGAACAGCCCGGACUCUUAUUGAUGUUGAAGCCGGAACUCUAACAUUCCGGGGUGAAAAUCAAACAGUUGUUUUUAGGUUGUUUGAAGCUAUCACACAUCCAGGUGACAAGCAAGAAUGCAUGCGUGUUGAUGCAUUAGAUGGUUUGCCUCGUACCAAAUUUGUGACCAGAUCAUCAACUGACAAUCUGCCCAUAAAGACUCAAAAUGUGAUUCAUGAGUGUGAUGGUAAAGCACAGCAUCACAAAAUUCAGUUGCUUGAAGUGCAAAAAUCAAAAAUAGAUCUAAGCAACUAG